AUGGUAAAGGAUUUAAAUUUGUUAUCACCCGAUAAGCUCUCCUGUAGGAUUUAUCAUACAAUCAUCACGCGAAAGCUGAUGGUUUACGUGGUCAUUUUGGAAAUGUGCUUUUGUUGUUGGCUUAUAUGGGCGAGCAUAAAGAAUGGCAUGUAUCCUGCUAUAGUUGCGAUUAUACUGAAUGGGAUUCCCAUCAUUUUUGUAAGUGGUUUCGGAGCUAAUAGAUUAGAGCAGACUUUGAUAAUGACCAGAAUAAACAAACUGUACUUUUUGAGGGAGGUAGUUGUGAUGCGACCAGGCCUUGAAAUGGAGAAGUGGGAUCGUAUUGCCAAGAAACUAAAUCCAGUUUUCUUCGAGAAUAGCUCUUGGGCCUCACGGAACUUCUUUUUAGAUGGAAAAUCUUGUGAAGCAAGAUUUAGAUAUUAUUUUGUGAAUCCUUACCUGAAAAGAAAAAGAUCUGAACUUACACUGACUACCAAUGAGUUGGAUCCCUUCAUCGAAGAGGCUGUCAAAGCUUAUCAGGAGAGUUUACACGAAUCUUGGAAGCAAAUGAUAAAAGAGCAAACCAUAAGACCGAAAUCGAACUGA